CCUCCCCAAAGGUCAGCAGUCUCUGGUCAUUCCCUGCACUGUCUGCAGUCUCUGGUCAUUCCUUGCACUGUCUACAGUCUCUGGUCAUUCCCUGCACUGUCUGCAGUCUCUGGUCAUUCCCUGCACUGUCUACAGUUUCUGGUCAUUCCCUGCACUGUCUGCAGUCUCUGGUCAUCUCCUGUACUGUCUGCAGUCUCUGGUCAUUCCCUGCACUGUCUGCAGUCUCUGGUCAUCCCCUGUACUGUGUCAGCAGUCUCUGGUCAUCUCCUGUACUAUGUCUGCAGUCUCUGGUCAUCUCCUGUAUUGUGUCCGCAGUCUCUGGUCAUCCCCUGUACUGUGUCUGCAGUCUCUGGUCAUCUCCUGUACUGUGUCCGCAGUCUCUGGUCAUCGCCUGUACUGUGUCCGCAGUCUCUGGUCAUCUCCUAUACUGUGUCUGCAGUCUCUGGUCAUCUCCUGUACUGUGUCCACAAUCUCUGGUCAUCUCCUGUACUGUGUCCGCAGUCUCUGGUCAUCUCCUAUAGUAUGUCUGCAGUCUCUGGUCAUCUCCUGUACUGUGUCUGUAGUCUCUGGUCAUCUCCUGUACUGUGUCCGCAGUCUCUGGUCAUCUCC